AUGGACACCCCCAGGAAUACACCCGUCAAAAGAAGACUUGGUGAAAAUGAUUCCAGAGGAGAAGACCAGGAUGAAGAGAAUGAAACUGCUGCAUCGUAUGCGCGGAAAGAACAAUGCACCUGGGAUCAUCGCAAAGCCCCUUACCGAUUCGAGUCAUGUGUCUUCACUCUUUCUCCCUCCCACGAGACCCCAGACGCGCAAGGAUUAAUUGACCAAAAUGGAUUGGCAGCCGCACGCCUCCCAGAUACUCAGGUUGAUCUUGACAUCUCUAGCCCCGAGAAUAUACACGAGUCUCACUAG